AUGGGCAGCCCGGCGGAGCGUCGCGUGGCCGCGCUGCUGGGCGCCGGAGCGGUGCCGGAGCCGGGGCUGGAAGCGCUGCUCGACUUGCUCCUCUGCGUCCACCAGGAGUGCAGCGGCGCCCCCCUGCGGCGGGAGCGGAACGUGCAGCAGUUCCUGGAGUGGGCUUCCCCUUUUGCCACCAGGGCAAAGCAGCUGCGUUUGCGGCGAGAGGACUUUGAGAUCUUGAAGGUGAUUGGGCGGGGAGCUUUCGGAGAGGUGGCGGUCGUGAGGAUGAAGCAGACGGAGAACGUCUACGCCAUGAAGAUCCUGCACAAAUGGGAGAUGCUGAAACGAGCAGAGACAGCUUGUUUCCGAGAGGAGCGGGACGUGCUAGUUCACGGGGACAGGCAAUGGAUCACCACUUUGCACUACGCCUUUCAGGACGACCACUACCUGUACCUAGUGAUGGAUUACUAUGCCGGGGGAGAUCUGCUCACCCUCCUUAGCAAAUUUGAGGACCGCCUCCCCGAGGACAUGGCUUGCUUCUACUUGGCAGAGAUGGUCCUGGCCAUCCAUUCCCUCCACCAGCUCAGAUACGUUCACAGAGACAUUAAGCCGGACAACAUCCUCAUUGAUACCAACGGACACAUCCGCCUGGCCGACUUUGGUUCCUGCCUCCGCUUGCGCCCGGACGGCACGGUGGAGUCUUCAGUGGCUGUGGGGACCCCGGAUUACAUCUCCCCAGAGAUCCUGCAGGCCAUGGAGGACAGAAAAGGGAAAUACGGCCCCGAAUGUGACUGGUGGUCCCUGGGGGUCUGCAUGUAUGAGCUGCUUUUCGGGGAGACCCCCUUCUACGCCGAAUCCCUGGUGGAGACGUAUGGCAAGAUCAUGAACCACGAGGCCCAUCUGCAGUUCCCGCCGGACAUCACCGACGUCUCAGAGAACGCGAAGGACCUCAUCCGGGGCCUGCUGUGCCGGCAGGAGCUGCGUCUGGGCCAGAACGGCAUUGAGGAUUUCAAGCGGCACCCCUUCUUCGAGGGCAUUGACUGGGACAACGUCCGCAAGAGCUCCCCGCCCUUCAUGCCGGAGGUGGCCAGCCCGGCUGACACCUCCAACUUCGACGUGGACGACGACAUGCUGAAGGACUCGGAGACGCUUCCGCCUGUCUCUCACGCUGCCUUCUCCGGCCACCACCUGCCUUUCGUGGGAUUUACCUUCACUUCAGGGACCCUCCGCGCUGAGAGGCACCCAGCCUCCCCCUCCGACAGCUCCAGCAUGGCGCGGCUUGAAAAAAGGAUCCGUCACCUGGAGCGCGAGAAGGUGGAGUUGAGCCGCAAGCUGCAAGAUGCUCUAGCAAAAUCUCCUUCCAAGGCUCCCACCCCGGAUUCGGAGAUCAGGAGACUCCAGAACGAGAUGGCGGCUUUGCGGAAGCAAUUGGCAGAGAACCAGUUAGAGAGUGACCAGAUCCAAAGGCAGCACCUCGACCGGAUGGCCGCGAGCCAAGUGAAGUCUCUGGAGGAGCGUGUGACGUGUCUGGAGCAAGAGAAGAGCGAAGCCCUCCAGGAGCUGGCCGAGGCACAGGAGCAGCUUCGGGCUCAGGCCUGGGAGCUGCAGGAAGAGCAGCUCCACCAGAAGGAGACGGCCGAGGAGCUGCAGAGCGCGGAGGCCAAGUGCGGGGAGCUGCGGGCCCAGCUGUUGCGGCAUGCCCGGCACCUGCGCGAGCGGCAGGAGGAGACGGAAGCCGCGGCCCGGCGGGUGGAAGGUCUGCGGAAGGAGCUGAGCCGUACCGAGAGCGGGCGCAAGGAGCUGGAGGCUCGGAUCGAAGGCCUGGUCAACGAAGUGUCCAAGCAGCGGAAGGGGAAAGAGAGGGCUGAACAGCAGCUGAGGAAGCACAAGCAGGAGUUGGAUGAGCUGAGGGUGAAGCAGAGCACGGGUCUCUUCCGGGCCUCUGGCUCCCGGCGAGGGGCCGAUGCCGCCUGUGCCUCCAGGCAGGAGCUGCGGAUCUUACGAGAGGCACUGCAGGCGAGGGAGAGCGAACACGAAGCGCUGCAGAUGGAGGUGGCUCAGCUCCGGGAGCAGCUUGAGAAAGCCAAGACUGAGCGACGGGAAAACCUGGAUGGAAAAGACGCGGAUGAGUUGAGCGGUCUCCUCCUUGAGAACUGCAGGGCCUUGCACUUUGGGGACCAGGUGGAUUCGCCCAGCACGGACAAGACGUCCGUCACCAACUGGGAGCUGCAGAUCGCUGACAUCCUACGGUGGGUGAGUGACGAGAAGGAGUCCAGGGGCUACCUGCAGGCCAUGGCCACCCGCAUGACAGAGGAAGUGGAGGCUCUGAAGCAGACAGGCGCACAGAGCCCAGGGCCAAAAACUCCGGACACCCUCUGGAAGGCUCGGCGGCUGCAGAAAGUGGAGGCCUCGGCCAAGCUGGAGCUGCAGUCGGCCCUGGAAGCCGAGAUCCGGGCCAAGCAGGGCGUUCAGGAGGAGUUUGAUAAGCUGAAGGUGGCGCAUUUGGCAGUCGAGCGCCAGUUGCAGGAGGCGGAGAAGCAGAACCGGGCGCUGCGCCUGGAAAUGGAGAAGGUGAAGGCGGAGCUGAAAGCCCGUUCACUGGAAGGCGUCAAGCACCAGGGACCGCUGAUCCCUUUCCUCUCCUUCCGAAGUAGCAACAAGGACGCGAUUGCUUUUGGGGGACCCCCGGACCCCCAGGAGGCUCAGAGGACCACCGAGGAUGCUCAGCUGCACCCUGAGGGGAGAAGGAGCCUGCGUUCCAGUGUUCAGCAUCUGAUGUUUCCAAGCCAGGCUGCUGCAGCCACCGCAGACAGUACCAGUUCUGGAUCCUUAAAGCCCAAAUCUCACAACUUCAAAAUGCAAAACUUCUCGACACCCACCAAGUGCAUGCACUGCACGUCACUCCUGGUUGGCCUGGUCCGCCAAGGCUUGGCUUGUGAGGCCUGUAACUUUGUCUGCCAUGUUUCCUGCGCUGGGAGCGCCACCAUUUGCCCCAUGCCCUCUGAACAGCUCCAGAAGACCCUCGGAGUGAACCCAACCAGUGGGACAGGGACCGCCUUCGAAGGCUUCCUUUCGGUGCCAAAGCCCUCCGGCGUGAAGAAAGGAUGGCAAAGGGCUUUCGCCGUCGUCAGCGACUUCAAGAUCUUCCUGUUUGAUGUGCCCGAGGGAAAGGCGUCCCAGUGUGACGUGGGCAUCAUGCAUGUCACAGACAUGAGGGACGAGCAGUUCUCAGUAGCCCCAGUGCUAGCCUCCGACGUCAUCCAUGCCAGCAGCAAAGAUGUGCCUUGCAUAUUCCGGGUGACGGCCUCCCAGCUGAGCUCACCUCACACCACCAGCUCGAUGUUAUUCCUGGCCGACAGCGAGGCCGAGAUGAAGAAGUGGGUGCAAGUGCUGACGGAGCUGCACCACAUCCUGAAGGACAACCGGCACCACGACCGCACCGUCUACACCCUCAAGGAGGCUUACGACAACGGCCUGCCCUUCGUCCCUCAUGCGCUUUCGGCGGCCAUCAUCGACCGGGAGCGGAUUGCCCUGGGAACGGAGGACGGUCUGUUUUUGAUUCAUCUCCGGACAAACGACGUCCUGCAGGUGGGCGACUGCCGGCGCGUGCAGCUGCUCCUGGUCUCUCCCCAAGCCCAGCUGCUCUCGGUCCUCUGCGGGAAGAACCACAGCCUCCGCGUCUUCUCCUGGGCGGAGCUGGAGACCCCGGAAGCCCCGGGGACCAAAGUGGUGGAAGCCAAGGGCUGCCAGGCCGUGGCCGUGGGGCUCAUCUGCCGCGGCACCACCCCCGUGCUCUGCGUGGCCUGCAAGCGUCAGGCCCUCUGCUUCCAGCUCACGGCCACGCGCCCCCCGCACCGCCGCAUCAAGGAGAUCCAGGCCCCGGGCUACGUGCAGUGCUUGGACGUCCUGGGGGACCGCCUCUGUGUGGGCUACCCGUCCGGCUUCUCUCUCUACCCCCUGCUCAACGAGGGGCCCCCGGUAAACCUGCCCCACCCCGAGGACCCCCGUGCGGCCGCCGUGGCCCAGAUGGAAGCACUGAAGGCCGUGGAGGUCAGCCUGAACGAGCUGAUUCUUUGCUUCAGCGGCUUCGGCCUCUACGUGGACGGGCAGGGGCGCCGGAGCCGGCCCCAGGAGCUGAUGUGGCCGGCGCCCCCCCUCAGCUGCUGUUACAACGCUCCUUACUUGUCAGUAUUCAGUGAGAACGCGGUCGACGUGUUUGACGUCAGGAAAGCCGAAUGGAUCCAGACCAUCUCGCUGAAAAAGGUCCGAGCAUUGAACCCUGAGGGCUCCCUUUGCACUUUCGGCAGCGAGAAGGUCCGCCUGACCUACCUGAGAAACAAGACAGCAGAUCAGGAUGAGUUUGAAAUCCCCCAGACGACGGAUAACAGCCGACGGCACCUCAUGAGGACCAGGCACAAACGCCGCUUUUCCUUCCGGAUCACCGAGGAGGAACGGCAACACCAGAGGAGGGAGAUGAUGCGAGAUCCCAGCCUCCGCUCCAAACUGAUCUCUAGCCCCAGCAACUUCAACCACCUGGUCCACGUGGGGCCGAGCGAAAGGCACCAUCAGCUGCAGGAACUGCACGUGGCCCAAGAAGAGAAAAGACGGGAGGCCCAAGUUCGGAUGCGUUGCAGCAGCCUCUCCGAGACCCGCCGGCCCUUGUCCACAGGCAGCGGUGGUGUGACUGCAGGACCUGCUCUUUCCUCGUCCUCUUCCUGUAAGAAGGGCUGCAGGGCGGAACAGCUCUGUCCUUGAUCGGAGGCUGUGAACAGGGCUCUGCCCUAACUCAG